GUCUCUAGGGGCCCCUGAGCUCAACCCAAUCUCUACCCCCGUCUGCUUCUAGGGGCUCUUGAGCUCACCCCAAUCUCUACCCCUCCCCCCUGUCUGCUUCUAAGGGGCCCCUGAGCUCACCCCAAUCUCUACCACCUCCUCCUGUCUGCUUCUAGUGGCCCCUGAGGUCACCCCAAUCUCUACUCCCCCAACAAUGUGUCUCCUUCUAGGGGCCCCUGGUGUUGGAAAGACCUUGCUAAUGAAGAGGCUUCACAAAAUUACCUCUAAAGACACAGAGGACCUGUCUGAUGUACCUCCCACCCAACCCACAGUUGGUACCAACUUGACUGACCUAACCAUUCAUCGGACACGGGUGACAGUGCGUGAGGUGGGCGGAUCCAUGGGACCUAUCUGGUCCAGUUAUUACAAGGACUGCAAAUCUGUGCUGUUUGUCGUGGACGCUGCUAACCCAUUCCAGGUGUCUGCAUCCUGUAUCCAGCUCUUGUCUGUGCUUUCAUCUCCUCUGCUGGUCACUGCGUCGGUGCUUAUCAUUUUCAAUAAAAUGGACCUAGCAAGCUCCAUGUCUCUGGUGGAAAUGAAAUCACUGUUCAGAAUGGAUGACAUCAUUUCCUGUGCAAAGCAGCCAAUCACUAUACUGGAAAUAAGUGCCCUCGAUGGCACUGGACUCCAAGGAAUUCUACAAUGGCUGCACUCCUCCAGUGAUUCCAAGAACUGAACAUAUACAUCUUUU